AAGUUCCACAUAACAAUGGUUGAAUUGUUUACAAUUUUAAGCACUACUCUUUUAUUGUACAUAACUUAAAGAUUUUAAAUUUUGAAUAUUUUAUAUAAUAUGUAAAUCAGUGCUGAAAUGCUACAGAACCGUCCACGAUCAACAUCCGUUACAUUCAUACGGUCGAGAACGUCUAGUCGUCCCGAUGAUAUACCAGAAUUUCGAUCGGACGAUGAAGAUAUACAGAUCGCACUUGCUGCGCCCUACAUUCAAACGUACUUAGCUUACAAUUCACGCGGUGUAACAUGUUGCGGUAUUUCCUUGCCAAUAUUAUUUGAACGUGCUUCGAGUACUUCAUGGUGGAAUCCACGUUUCGAUUCAGAUAUAUUAGAGGGACAAUAUAAACUCAGUGCCUUUAAUCAUUUACGUUUACGAUUUAGAUAUGCAUUAUUUUACAUUUUAUUUGUUUGUAUAACAUGGUUUAUAUAUUUUUUAUAUAAUGGACUCACCUACAAUGAUACUACGAACAAUAACCACCGAUGGACCAUACAAUGUAGCAUCAUUGGUAUAUUAUCAACAAUAAUCUUAAGUAUAUUAUACUUAACGCAUAUGGAAUUUUAUCGUUUACAUAUAACAUUAACUUCAUUCUUUGUCGCUAUAAUAUUAUGUACAAUAAGUAUACUCUCUAUAUAUUUUACACCGAUAACAACAUACGAUAGUCAUAAUGAUCGUAUGGGUUUUAUAAUUACGGAUAUGAGUCCUGUUGCACAUUUUACAAUAUGUAUUGGAAUAUUAUUAUUAAUUUAUACAGUUAUACCGUUACCAUUAUAUUUAUGUGUCACGAUUACGCUUAUUUACUCGAUUUUAUUUGAAACGUUAACAUUUAUGUUAAUGUUAAACUCAUAUUUACCGACAAAUCGAAUACAAAUUGGUUUAUUGGUACGAUGUAUACUACAAUUUUCGGUACAUUUAAUUGGAUUUCAUAUUUUUAUUAUGACAAAUGUUCGUAUGCGUGGUACAUUUAUGAAAGUUGGACAAAGUUUAUUGGUACGACGUCAAUUGGAAAUGGAAAAACAGUUGAAAGAGAAAAUGAUACAUUCUGUGAUGCCACCAAAAGUUGCUGAUUGGUUAAUGUCGGAAACUGGUGAUUUUGAAUCGAAUGAAAUGGCUACAAAUAAUAAUGCAUUACCACGCAAUUCUAAUCCAGGUGCAUCUGAUUUGAAAUCACUGUUUCGUCCAUUUAACAUGAAUCGUAUGGAGAAUGUCAGCAUAUUAUUUGCCGAUAUUGUGGGCUUUACGAAAAUGUCAAGUAAUAAAUCUGCCGAAGAACUAGUGGGCAUUUUAAAUGAUUUAUUUGAACGAUUCGAUGAUUUAUGUUCGUUAAAUAAUUGUGAAAAAAUAUCGACAUUGGGUGAUUGUUACUAUUGUGUGUCAGGAUGUCCAGAACCACGACCGGAUCAUGCACGAUGUUGUGUGGAAAUGGGAUUGGGUAUGAUCGAGGCAAUUAAACAAUUUGAUAUGGAACGUAAUGAAGGUGUUAAUAUGCGUGUGGGUAUACACACUGGGACAGUGUUGUGUGGUAUUGUUGGUACACGACGCUUUAAAUUCGAUGUGUGGAGUAACGAUGUAACAUUAGCAAAUCGUAUGGAGUCAACUGGUAAACCUGGACGUGUACAUAUUUCAGAGAAAACUUGUGAAUAUUUACAAAAUUUAUAUAUAUUGGAAAGUGGUGAACCGCUUGAAGGCUUAAAAACAUUUUUCAUAGUUGGUAGAAUCGGUGGUAGUGAUGACAAAAACGAAUUACUUGGACCAAUUGUCGAACCAAGCGUACAAUUAAUAAUAUCAUCACCAACAUCUCCUCAAUCAAUGUCACCUCAAACACGUCCACGUUUCUUAUCGGGGAGUAAUCAACUAAGAACUGGAAAACAAAAUCCAAAUCAACUAUCACCAAAUUUUUUCCGUAUCAAGGCAAACUCUUUACCAAGCAUUUUAGAUUCUGACAGCGAAGGUGAUGUUGAGAAUAAAGAUCAAACGACAGAUUUAGAUACAUCAUCGAAAAGUCCGACAUCAACAGGCAGCUAUGGUAAAUACUCGAAUCGAAUAAAAACAUGGCGUAUCCCAAAAUUUUUAUUUCGCACAUCGGAUCCAAUUGAAAAAGAUAAAAUUGAUACAGAUAUCAUACCUCAAAUCGUAGCUGACAAUAAAACUGAUUCAAAAUUAGUCUCAAAUGGAUAUCAACAAGUUCCUACAAUUAUUGAAACCUUACCAAUACCCACCUCGACCAGCACGUAUCAUACUAAUCCAAAGGACCCAGCAUCUUGUUCAUCGCCACGACCUAGCAUAUGUAAUGGAAAUAACGAUCGAUCGAAAUUAAAUGGCGAUAAAUCUAAUGAUAUAUUGGAUAUUAAAUCAUAUAUUAGUCAAUCUCGUAGUGAUAUUGGACAUUUUGAUAAAUCACCAACAUCGUUUAUGCGAACAAGUAGUUUUAAAUCAAAUUAUACACCGUCACCAAAAGAAUCAGUUAGUGCAAUUACUAGUGGAUUUGAUCGUAGUAGUAGUUAUCGGUCACAUCAUGGGCGAUCUUCAUCAAAGUGUGACAUGUUACCGGUUGAACGAGGUCGUAGUGCUACGGUUGCUUGUCGCAUGGAUACUGAAUGCUUGGAAGUACCUAGUGUGAUAAGUGCACCAGAUGAUCAAUUAAGUUUAUGUUUAUCGGUGAAUAGUCGAAAAGAUUCGGGUAUUAAAAGUAAUAGUCGACGUAGUAGCAUCCAACAGCAGAUAUUUGCAUUAAAUCAAGCAGCCGUAUCACACGCAGAUAUAUUACAACAUCGUGUAUCCGGCUAUUACACAUCAAGUCAAUCAACAAUAUGUUCAUCUGUUCCGCCACAUUACACAGGUAAUAAAUUACCACCCAUCUUCUCUGACCAUUUAGGUGCUUGUGUACAAAAAUUACGUAAACAAUCCGAUUUACAAUUAAUACGAUGUGUACAAGAUAAUACAAGUUCGAAACGUUCAUAUUUCAUUAAACCGCCAUUAUCACGUUUCACAUUAUUCUUUAUGUCGAAAGAAAUGGAAAUGGAUUAUCGACGUAACGUAUAUACGGUUUCAGAGAAAUUAGGUGAAGGUUUACCAACAUUAGCUACCGCACGUUAUAAUACAUACUUUGAUGUAUUAGUUUCAUUAAUAAUUUUUUUAAUUAUAUCAAUAUCAAUAUUUUUAUUAUAUAAACCAUUUUCAUCAAUUGAAUGGCUUGCAUCAUUUAUUAUAUUCUUUUUUAUACAAAUUUGUGCAAUAAUUUUAUGUUUUCGACAAAUGCUACAUUUUUCAGAGAAAAUAUUUCGAAUAUUUUCAAUGUGGUAUAUAUGGCAUUUAAAUGGUGCAAUAUUAAUAAGUAUGCCAAUUAUAUUAAUAUUAAUAAUAUAUUUAAUCGAUAUUUAUUAUAAUAUAUUAAUAUUAAUUGGUAUAUUACAUUUUUGUAAUUUUACACAAUUAAAUUGUUGGAUGAAAAAUAUUCUAGCAUUUAUUUACGCUAGUAUAUUUUUAUUACUAUUAAAUAUAACCACUAGUCAUAAUAGUUGUCCGCCAUAUUGUAUUACAACAACUUCAUCAUUUUCAAAUUUUAAUACAACACAAGAAUUUUUAUUAAAUAAAAUCAUUAAUUAUAAUAAUUCAGAAAUUUAUAUCAAUAUAUUAUUAAUAUUAUUUUUAGUAUGGUUUUUAAAUCGUGAAUUUGAAAUUAGUUAUCGUUUAUCAUUUCAUAGUAAUAUUAUUGCAAAUCGUGAUAAAGCUCGCGUACAAAGUAUGAAAAAUCAAGCUGAUUGGUUAUUACAUAAUAUAAUACCAAAACAUGUUGCUGAUCAAUUAAAACAAUGUGCAAAAUAUUCAGAAAAUCAUAAAAAUGUUGGAAUAAUAUUUGCAAGUAUUGUAAAUUUUAAUGAAAUGUAUGAUGAAAGUUAUAUGGGCGGUAAAGAAUUUUUACGUGUUUUAAAUGAAUUAAUUGGUGAUUUUGAUGAAUUAUUAUUACGUCCAGAAUUUAAAUGUGUUGAUAAAAUUAAAACAAUUGGUAGUACAUUUAUGGCGGCAAGUGGUUUAAAUUCACAAAUACGACGGGAUGCAUCCAAUCAAUAUGAUCAUUUAUAUGCGUUAAUUGAUUUUGCUGUGGAAAUGCAAAAAGUUAUUGAUGAAUUUAAUCGUGAUUUACUUGAAUUUAAUUUAAUAUUACGUGUGGGAUAUAAUUUUGGUGAUGUUACUGCUGGCGUUAUUGGUACCACUAAAUUAUAUUAUGAUAUAUGGGGGGAUGCUGUUAAUAUUGCUAGUCGUAUGGACACAACAGGUGUUAAUGGUCGUAUACAAAUUGGUGAAGCAUGUUUAAGUGUUUUAGAACAACGUUAUGAAUUUGAACCGCGUGGUUCGGUUUAUGUUAAAGGGAAAGAUCAUAUGAAUGUUUAUUUACUUGUACGUAGAAAAAAUGAAUAUUUAGAAGUGAAUUGA